CCACUUUCCAAGCGGCUAUGACGACGGAGUUCCGACACAUGCUGGAUCGUUUCGUACUUAUAUGCCUCGACGACAUUCUGGUUUACAGCCGGAGUCUGGACGAGCAUGUGGAACACCUGCGCACCGUUUUGGAGCGGCUACGACAGGCCAAGUACAAAGCAAACCACGACAAGUGCGAGUUCGCACAGCAGGAGUUGGAGUACUUGGGACACUAUGUGAUGCCGCAAGGCAUCCGUCCGCUUGCCAUCCGCGUAUGGCCCGAGCCCACCAACACCACGGACAUUCGUUCAUUCAUGGGGUUGGCAGGCUAUUAUCAGCGUUUCAUCACUGGAUACUCAAGGAUUGCCGCACCUCUGACGAGACUACAAUCGCCAAAGGUGCCAUUCGUAUUCGAUGACGACGCGCGCCAGGCUUUCCAAGCACUCAAGACGACCAUGCUCAUGGCACCCAUCCUUAGCAUCUAUGACCCCACUCUGCCUACGAGAGUGACGACUGACGCUUCCGGUUACGGCAUUGGGGCAGUCUUGGAGCAGCACGACGGCGAGGAUUGGCACCCUGUGGAGUAUUUCAGCCACAAAGUGCCUCCCAUCAAUUCUCUGGAUGAUGCAAGGAAGAAGGAGCUGCUUGCGUUCGUCAUGGCUCUCAAGCGAUGGCGGCACUUCCUUCUUGGGCRUCGUAGGUUCACAUGGGUCACRGACAAUAACCCAUURACCUACUACAAGACGCARGACACRGUGAGCAGCACGAUUGGACGGUGGAUGUACUUCAUCGACCAGUUUGACUUCACACCGAAACACGUUGACGGCCUCUCCAAUCGCGCAGCAGAUGCACUUUCGCGACGACCUGAUCUUUGUGCUAUGACGCAUCACGCCUUCGCGUUCGACGAGGACCUCCAGCGACACUUCAUCAGGGGCUAUCAGUCUGACCCAGAGUUUGCUACGUUGUAUGCGCAGCUAUCUUCGGAUCACCCGCCGGCCAGCCACUAUCGCAUUGCCGACGGGUACUUGCUCCUCCACUCGAGAGGCAAGGACUUACUGUGUGUCCCACGCGACCGCCGUCUUCGGACUCGCCUUCUCGGCGAGUAUCAUGAUUCGCGACUCGCCGGCCAUUUCGGAGUCAAUCGCACGAUUGCACGGCUUCGACAACGAUUCCGAUGGCCCGACCUUAUUUCCGAUGUCAUGCGGUAUUGCGAUUCUUGCGAAGUUUGCCGACGCAGCAAACCCCGCAACCGCAAUCCCUAUGGCGAGUUACGCCCGAUGCCUAUCCCCCGGGAACCCGGUAUCUCCAUUGCUAUGGAUGUCACCGGUCCGUUUCCUCGAGACCGGCUCGGGCACGACGGCAUCCUCACGGUUGUGGACCGAUUGAGCAAGUACGCACUGGUGUCUGAGGCCCUAUACCUUGACGGGCAGAGGAAGCAAGACUCCAGCAGACGUCGUGGUGGGAAGAUGCAAGCAGUAAUGACAGAAGAAAGGUAUGACAGGAGCAGGCAAACACUUCCCAAUGGAGGAAAUGGGGGGAAUCCUAAGAUGCAUUACUUCUUUUUCAUUUUCGACAGUGGUGUCUGAAGCCCUACACCUUUGACCGGUAGAGUAAACAAGACUCCAGCAG